AUGCCGCAGCUGCCGGGGGCCGGGGGCGGCGGGGGGGACCCGGAGCUGUGCGCCACCGACGAGAUGAUCCCCUUCAAGGACGAGGGGGACCCCCAGAAGGAGAAGAUCUUCGCCGAGAUCAGCCACCCCGAGGAGGAGGGCGACCUGGCCGACAUCAAGUCCUCGCUGGUCAACGAGUCCGAGAUCGCCCCCGGCGCCAACGGGCACGAGGUUUCCAGGCAAACUCAGGCGCAGGAUUCCUACCAUGACAAAGGCAGAGAGCACCCCGAGGAAGGAAAACAUCCAGACAGUGGCUUAUACAGCAAGGGACCAUCCUACUCUGGUUAUUCUGGGUAUAUCAUGAUGCCAAAUAUGAAUAACGACCCGUACAUGCCUAAUGGAUCUCUGUCGCCACCCAUCCCCAGAACAUCCAAUAAGGUGCCAGUGGUACAGCCUUCUCAUGCGGUUCACCCCCUCACCCCUCUUAUCACCUACAGCGAUGAGCACUUUUCCCCAGGGUCACACCCGUCUCACAUCCCCUCCGACGUCAGCUCCAAGCAAGGCAUGUCCAGACAUCCUCCAGCUCCUGAUAUCCCUACCUUCUAUCCCUUGUCUCCAGGGGGGGUUGGACAGAUAACACCACCUCUUGGCUGGCAAGGUCAGCCUGUAUAUCCCAUCUCGAGUGGAUUCAGGCAGCCCUACCCAUCCUCACUCUCAGUCGACCCUUCCAUGUCCAGGUUUUCACAUCACAUGAUUCCUGGUCCUCCAGGCCCUCACACAACUGGAAUCCCUCACCCAGCUAUUGUAACACCUCAAGUAAAACAAGAACAUCCGCACAACGACAGUGAGCUAAUGCACGUGAAGCCUCAGCACGAACAGAGAAAAGAACAAGAGCCAAAAAGACCUCAUAUUAAGAAACCUCUGAAUGCUUUCAUGUUGUACAUGAAAGAAAUGAGAGCGAACGUUGUAGCAGAGUGUACUCUGAAAGAAAGCGCAGCUAUCAACCAGAUUCUUGGCAGACGGUGGCAUGCUCUCUCCCGUGAAGAACAAGCGAAAUAUUAUGAACUAGCUCGUAAAGAAAGGCAGCUACACAUGCAGCUUUAUCCAGGCUGGUCUGCAAGAGACAACUAUGGGAAGAAAAAGAAGAGGAAGAGAGAAAAGUUGCAGGAAUCAGCAUCAGGUACAGGCCCCAGAAUGACAGCUGCCUACAUCUGAAGCAUGGUGGGAAAAGAAAUGCUUUCUCAACUUGCAAAGCAAAGGCGGCGACACCAGGACCCCUGCUGGAGAUGGAAGCUUGUUAAACCCUAGGUGUGUCCUUCAUCCACACAGACCACCCCCAAGGAGUCUGUCUAGGAUGUCAUUCACCCUGAUGUCACUGCUAGAGACACUGAAUCAUAAAGACAAUCACUGCCAAAAUCCUUCACUAUCACAAGGUCCAGCCCCGAUAUAAAUAGAGCAAACAAGCUCCUGGGUCAAGCAGAGCAGUUUUGUCUUCACUCCACCUCUGCCUAGCACUCUUAAGCCCUCGUCUCAUCUGUGUCCAUGUCGAGUCAGCAAACAAAGUAGCAUGGCUGUCUCUGCCUGCUUCAGCCAACAGAGUUAUGUAGACCACAGCUGCCCCAUACAGCACGUCGAGGAACGGAAUUUGCCUGGACCAGGAUGACACACUCAAACUUCUUUUUAUUUAAUGGUGCAACAGGAUCAAUUUCGGUUUUAGCUUUUUUAAGAAACUUGAAUGCUUUUAUAUUUUAACUUUUAGUUUGUAAUUUCCUUGGUGUAUAUUUUACUAGGUAUGAGCUUUUAAACAAGUGUCAAAAAUCUGAACUACUUUUUAAAUAAAAGGGUUUUCUUUUUUUUUUUUUUCCUGCCAGAGGAAAAGCCUGUAUGGAAAAAAGGUGGCUUUUUUGUUAAACUAUUUGUAACAAAUAGUGGCCUCUCAGUCUAUAUAGUACAGUGUCAUAUAGAACUAAAUAAAUGUAACAACAGUCAGCUGGUCAGUAGACACGUCAGUCUUGCAUCACCUACUCUGUAAACAUAAGCAAUACAUCCAGCAAAUCUGACUGCAGUGAGUUCUCCUUCUCACCCAUUCCCCUCUCCUUGUAAAAAGCCCAGCACUUGAAUUAUUACUUCAAUUGUUCUGUAUUUGUAUCUGUUUUUGUUAGCCUGUUAGUGGGAUUUUAUGCCAGUUGUUGAAAUGAGCAUUGAUGUACCCAUUUUUUAAAAUAGUAAGGCACAGCCUUUGCCAAAAAUACUGUCAACCAAUUUUUUUUUUUGUCAUUCCAGUUUGAGUUAAUGUGCUGAGCAUUUGUUUUUUAAUAAAAGCUUUGUAAUAAAACUAAAGUCAAUUGUCUGGCUUAAGAAAAAAAAAUUUACUCACACUUGAAGGAGCUGAAUCCCUAGAAAGGAGCUGCGAGCCCCCAAAAGUGCAGACACUUCUAAGGCUGCAGGCUUUUGGCUGAGGGGCCCCGUGAAGGAAAUGCAGUGCAUUCGGCUGCUUGCUCACCUGAAGCUGAGUCAAUUUGGAAGAUGUGGAACUUUUUUCUUCCUAAAGGGAGCAGAAAUCUUUUGUUUUCAUCCCAGGAGUAAGGAAUUAGCAGGCCCAGUGCUCCCUUAUGCUUCUCAGUUAGAAUUGGCCCAACUGGGAGUAGCAGGCUCUGUGGCUGCUCCCUCUACUUUCAGUUUCCUAUUAAAAUCUCACUGGUUUUAAGCCGAUGAUCAAUUCCCUUCCUUCUGGAUGCCAUCCAUGCCCACAUAAGGGGCAGGAGCCUAUACUUUAAUUUCUUAUGGCCCUAUAAAUUCUCCAGCAAUCAGGGACUGGAGCCAGCUGCACAAUCAGCUGCUGUGGGCCUGGUUUCACGCUGCCAGACCCAGAGCAGCAGCACGGCCUGCCUGCUGGUGGUGGUGCCCAUGAGGGGCAUUCCUGCGAUAGCAAGCAGCUCCUCUGCACUCUUCAAACCUGAAAGCACAAGCGUUUGAGUCUGUCCAGCCCCAAAUGCUACCAGCAACUUCACUGCUACCUUUCCCCUUUUGUUCAGGGACUGGUAUUUCACAGCUCUGACAAACAGAUACAGCUGCCUGACUUCUACUAAAGGACUUCACAUGGGG